CUGUUUGGCGUAACAAUGAUCGCAGGGAGUUUUGGGCUGAAGGACAGAAAAGAAGAUGUCGAAUCAGAUGCCAACACACCCGUCGCUCCCACUGUCGCACAGCCCUCAUCGAUACAUCUGCCCACCUAUGCCAAUCGUUAUACGGAUAUACCACGCCUGAACCGUUUAAAGUUCAUUGCAAAAGUGUGCCCCAAGCUGCGAGUGCCAGCGCUGGAGCUUGCCAUCAAUCAUGUUAAGACCACAUACAAUGUGAAGCUCUACGAUGAACUUUACAAGACGCUGUCCGCGGCCAUUGACAAAAAGAAGGCACAGAUGGACAUGGACGAGGCGGCCAGCACAUCAAAGGGUAAUGCAUCGCAGGCAGGAUAUAUCAAGAAAGGUCCUGUGCCCUACGAUGCCUACUGGGUGGAGGAUAACACCAUGGAGUCGACACUGCUGCAGCAGGAGCUCGAUGCAGAGUUGAAUUACAAGAAGGCAAAUUCGGGCAGCGCCAAAGUGAGGCGCAUUCUAGAGGAGAUCGGGGACUAUCAUCUGAAGAGCCACAACCUCAAGAUGGCCGUCAAGUACUACGGCAGGGCCAGACAGUACUGUACCAACAGCGAUAAUGUCAUCAAUAUGUUCCGCAAUCUGAUUCGGGUCUCCAUUUACAUGGCCAAUUGGUGGCAUGUGCUCACCUACAUCGAGGAUGCCAAAAAAUAUGCCUUUGGAUUUGAUAAUCUCUCGCAGAAGGUGCCGCCACGACUCAACUGUGCCGCGGGGCUGGCCAACAUGGGGCUGAAGAUCUACAAAACGGCGGCACAUUGCUUCCUGCUGAUCCCUUUCGAUCGCUAUGACUUUGAUAAUAUUGUGGCACCGGAGGAUGUUAGCUACUAUGCGGGGCUCUGUGCCUUGGCCACCCUCGAUCAGGAGAUGCUGGAUCUGGGUUUCAUCAAUUCGGAGGGUUUUAGGCCGUUCUUUCAGCUGUCUCCGCAGGUUCUGUCUCUUUUGACCACCUUCCAUGCGGGCGAUUUAGAUCAUUGUCUGCUGCUGCUGCACCAAAUCGAGGAUCAUGUCAGGUUGGAUUAUUAUCUGGCCCCACAUGUGGACACGUUGUUUGACAUGAUCAAGGUCAGGAUUCAAAAGAAAAGAGUGCCCAAAGUGCCGCCAGCUGCCAAAACCACACAAAGACUUAAAAUUAUUAAUGAACGCACAAAAUCCUCUCAUGAAAUGAAUUAAUUAAGUUACAUUUUG